AUGACGAUGAGGCACAUGUACAAAUUGCAGGCUGUAACAGACCCAAACGGAGAAGUUUCUUUCCUCCAGACAGUCCGACGCCGACGGCCCGGUGCGCCUGCGCAGCACAAGUCGCUCCUGAGCGAUACGCUGCGCCCCACGACGGUGGAGCGGGAUGGCAGAUUCCUCUCGCUCUUCACAAUCGUGCAGUUCCAGAACCAGGGCUGCGCUGCCUCGUCUGGUGACAACGGAACCUGCCUCACCUCAGCAGAGUGUUCUGACCGCGGUGGUGUGGCCAGCGGGCCAUGCGCUAAUGGCUACGGGGUCUGCUGCGUCUUUUUAGCAACAUGUGGCCACAGCACCAAGGAAAACUGUACCUACUUUGUGAACCAAGGUUACCCAGGGCCCUACGAUGGUACUGGAUCUUGCCAGCUGACUAUUAACAAGGCACAUCCUGACAUCUGCCAGUUCAGGCUGGAUUUUGAUCAAUUCAAUAUAGCAGGUCCGGAAUCAGUCAACCACAUGUGUAACAAUGAUCAGUUCAUUGUAGCAGGUGGCAACCCUGCUCCACCUAUAUGUGGAAUUAAUAAUGGAAACCACAUGUACAUCGAUGCAGGGAUAGGGAACACGAACCCAGUGACACUCAACUUUGUGACAAGUGGACCGUCUUUUCCACGAAACUGGAAGGUGAAGAUAUGCCAGAUCCCAUGCAACACCAUCUACAGGGCUGAAGAGGGGUGUCUCCAGUACUUCACCGGUGUAUCUGGCCAGAUUAAGUCAUACAACUAUGAUCCAGGGGCAGGACUGCAACUGUCUAAACAGGAUUACAGCGUCUGUAUCCGCAUGGAGAGGAACUUCUGUGGAAUUCAGUAUACAGCCUGCCCUGAUUCAGUGAACAACAGGACGCAUGCUUUCACUCUGUCUGGCAACACCCUAGGACAGACUGCAGUAUCCUCCAGCACCGGUACAUUGGGACCCAACUCUUGCAACGAAGACUGGCUGAUUAUCCCAUGCACAACAAAUACUGGCAGAACUGAACUGACAACAUGUGUGGAUCGCAUCUGUGGGGGAACUUUCAAUACAGAAAUCUCUACGACACCAGCAACAGUAAUCAGCACAGUGAAACCGUUCAGAUUGACCGUCCACACAAACAAUGUUGAAGCUCCGAGUGACGUUGGCAACCGAGGGUUCUGUCUCAACUACGUGCAGCAACCCUGCACGAAUAACUUUGAAAUAUGACAGUAUGAACUGCAAAUUAACUAUCUGUCAUGUGAAGGUUACUGUGCUAUAAUAAACCAUGCACUUGCAUUAUUUUGGCUGCAAUUGAAAUACCAGUUCAAUUCCAUUCAGAGAAAAGGCUAUUCUGAUCAACAGAGAUUCAUCUACCAGUGUACAAAACUUCAAAACCAUCAA